AGAGAGAGAGAGAGUGUGUGUGUGCUGGGGGUUAAUCACUCAGUGAAGAGACCCAUUCCUGCCAUCAACACUUCAGUCUCCAUCCUCUGUGUGCUUGUGGAAGUGCCUCCAUCACUGCUCACCUGAAUUUACCUGCGCUGCCUACACCUGGCCUACACAAGGAGCCCACCUUGAGCUAACUCACCAGGUUCCAGGAAGUCCCUCCCCCACCCUCGUCAACCUGAUGGAGAGCUCCUCAGAGGCGACCCGCUGGGUGUCCCCAUCCCUGAACAGCGGUGACCCCUUGCCUCCCUUCUCCACGGAGCAGAGCCUGCUGCCCCCGGGGGACGAGGUGGAGGCCUUCUAUUCCAUGCCAGACGCAGACUUCACCAGCCUGCCCUCAUACUUCUCCACCGGGGCUCAGAGCCGGGCCUCCUCCGCAUACAGACACAGCCCAGUGCGCCAGGUGUACUCCUCCUCCUCGCUGCUGAGCAACAUCCAGUGGCUGGAUGGGCCGGCGGGUCACUCCCUGGGCACCCCCUACACCCCCACCGCCUCCUCCAGCUGGGCCACCAGCCCCUUCUCCAAAACCACCCCACUGCACCCCCACCCCUCCGCCACAUUGUACACCACCGGCGCGCCCACCUCCUCCUCCUUCGGCUCCUCCAAGGAGAGCUUCCCCUCGCCGGGCCACGACGGCAAGGAGAGCCCCAGGCUGCAGGAGGCCCUGAAGGCCGAGCGCCUCAGUCCCUUCGGAGGAGGCGUCGGAGGAGGUGUUGGCUCCUCCACUGGAGGCAGCUUCCUCAACCUGACCUCCUCUGUGGCCUCCACCGGCAUGUACACGCCCUCCUCCCACGGCCUGCUGGGCCCCUACGGCUCGUACAUGAGUGCCCAGCAGGAGUACGGCUCCUCGGGCCUCUACUCCUCGGGGGCCUGGAUGAGCCCCUCGGCCUACUCCCCGAAGCUGCGCAACAAGAUGCGCCUCUCCCCGCCGGAGGCACGAGAGUGUGUGAACUGCGGGGCAACGGCCACCCCUCUCUGGAGGCGAGAUGGUACGGGCCACUACCUCUGCAAUGCCUGUGGACUGUACCACAAAAUGAACGGCCAAAACAGGCCUCUCAUUCGCCCAAAGAAGAGACUGAUUGUGAGCAAGCGGGCCGGCACCCAGUGCGCCAACUGCAACACCAGCACCACCACUCUCUGGAGACGCAACACCAACGGCGAGCCGGUCUGCAACGCCUGCGGACUCUACUACAAGCUGCAUAAUGUGAACAGACCCCUCACCAUGAAGAAGGACGGCAUUCAGACCAGGAACCGCAAAGUCUCCAACAAGAACAAAAAGGGCAAGAAGAGCGUUCCCAUCGACGCCUAUCCAGACCUGGUCCACGGAGGACCUCCGGCUGACGACCUGGGGGGCCACUACUCUCUCGGCCCGGGGCCCCUGUUGUCCUACGGCCACCCCUCGCACCUCCUGCCCCCCACAGCCAACCACCUACACCCCUCAGCCAGCCUCUCCUAUACCCACCACCCAACUUCAGGCAUGGUGCCCACCCUGGUGUGAGACACAGUGGAGAGGCCACAGCCCCUCAUAUCAGCCUACACCCACCAGCCAGCCUCAGGAACUGGUGUGAGGAGCAGGGGCGGUGAAAUAUGGGGGUUAAGUCCGACUGAGUAACCAGGGCCCCACAUAUCAGCAGGGCCCACAAGGAGUCUGAUAAAAAAAAAUACAUUAAAAAACAUAAAUAAGAGGAGGGUGGGGAGUCAGAUGGAGCUGGAACCACAGGGCCCAUAGGUCAUUUGGUGCUACCUACGCCCCUGUUGAAGAGUGAGGAGUGGACACGGGGGAAAGGGCACACAGCGUUUCAGGACUGUAAGCACAGACACAUAUGAGAGGAGCCACCUGAUUCCUUGUGUAUUGUGUAUAAACUGGUAGGCAGACAGUGAGAGAAGCUUUGGCCAUCCAAGACCUUUGUGUCUGACGGUGGUGGAAAUAAUGAAUGUAAACUUAUUCUGCCUCUUUUGUUAUAUAUUUGCUAGUUUUUUUUUUUUUAAAGUAAGCAUUUUUUAAGUUUGCUAUUUUGUUCAUGUGAUGUCCUUUUACAGAAGAUUGAUUUUUUUGUCCUUAAAAAACAUGUUUUUACAACUGCAAUGUACAAAUGAAGAUGUACUUGUCCAAACAAAAGACUGUGAAACACUGGAAUAUAGUUUUGUGAAAGAUGUAUGCUCUUGAUUUAAACCAGCAUUUAAUAUAACGUGUAAAAAACUUACAGAGAUUAUUCAUGCAGGUGUAUUUUAGUAUGUGAAGAGUUGCUCUUUUUUUACAAGCUGUGAAUGUUAAUUGAAUUCAUAAAAUAUAAUACAAUGAGGUGCCUGA